AUGAAUGGAGGUGGCCUCUCCAGACUGCGGGCAGCUCUGCAUGGCAUCGUGCGAGUUCCUGCAGCCUUGGUCCAGAGCUCAACCGGCAAGGAUGGGGCGAAUGAUGACCACUGGGAGAGACGACGGCUUUGGGUGCCCUGCAUUCCUCAUUUUCAAAAAAAGUGUGCCCUUUUAUCUGUGCCUGUGAAUCACGCACUGCAGUGCUCCGACUUCGAAGAGCUGACAAUUCAGCCUUGCAUGGAGUUUCCUGCUUGGAAAGUCGCCGUCACAUGGCAGGACCUGCGGGGACUCGUUGAAGGCUUCUCCGAGAAUUUGACCGUGCUGGAGGCCGUGCUGUACCUCGCCGUAGAUUUUAUCGGAGUGAGCGUAGAAAACGCUCGCACGGAUUCAGCCAAUCGGGAUUACAACUACGACCGAGACAACAUCCUGUACAUCAGGCGUGGCAAGUUCCAUGACGGCUCCAUGGGGACCAUUCCGAUCAAGCUGCACUUCUCCAGUGGGAUUCUGAAUCCAAACACCCCCUUCAAACUGGUUGUAUUCCUGGAUGCAUCUCAUGACUUUGAAACCGUCAUGCAAGACAUUGACAACUGUCUUCGAAUCCCCACCGUCAGCCUCAUCAUCUUCGAUGACUACGGAGCAGCAGAGGGGGUGCGCCGAGCUGUGCAGCAAUUCGUCUCGGCUGGUCGGCUGCGACCGUUCCAAAUGCGAGCUGUCAGACUUUGGCGGCCGCUUAACUUUGCUGUUAGAUGGUCUUCGACGAGACCCGCGAUCUCUGCAGUGGCCUGUGUGGAUGGCGAGCCGCAGUCCGUUGCGGCCGCUCAAAUCAUGGCGCGCAUGUUCCAGACCGGAGACUCCGUUUGGGUGUACCGCGCGGUGAAGGCCCCGCAGGAUGCAGCAUUUCCCGAGCAAGCCAAUGCCAACGCAAAGCACCUGGCAGAGGAAGCGAAUGCGCAGAAAAGUCUUGAUUCUGUGGCGGAGGUUUUCCGGCAAGCCGGACUGGAGCCGGGUGCCAUACAAACCCAAGUGCAAACAGUGAUGUCUCCGGGGGCCGCGGUCACUUCCUUUGUGGGAAAAGCCAAUGCUCACUUCGUGUCUUUGGGAUCGCACGGUCCCGGGCGGGUCUUGCACAAGUCGCUUGCCAGCUAUUUGAUGCAGAGCUACUCGGACAUUCGGCUUCUGGUGUGCCCCCAGGCAGAGUGGCGGCCCGCCCAAGACGUGGGCCUCAAGUACACCGUCGUCUACGACGGCUGCUCGACCAGCCGCCAUGCCCUGGAAGUGCUCGCAAACCACACCGGCUCCCAGGACACCGUGGAAAUCCUCCAUGCCCAUGUGCCGCCACCUCCGGUGCCUCGUGGCAAGUUCCGUGGGGCUCCGGCAAGCACAGCCGAGGAGGAUGCGCAGCAGGCGCAGCUGCAAGCCCAAUCGCUGUUCCAAGAGGCAGAAGAAAUCCUCUCAGGAAACGGAGGUGGCAUCAAGCAGGUGAUCGGAACCCACAUCGAGGUGCAGUCCGGCCAUUUGCUGGGGGAGAGGCUGCUGGACACGGCGAUCAAGAACGGAUGUGACGUGCUCGUGGCCGGGACCAAGUGUAUGCCUGGAAUCGGGAGCCUCUUCGAGCCACUGCUGAAGGGCAGAACUGUGCUGGGUGUCUUGAAGUCGUCACUGACCACACACUUGUUGAACAAUGCCGUGGACAUACCUGUGGCACUACUCGGCGAGGGCGUCGAAGGUCCCUGGCGCCUGCGAGACGGACGCGAGGUUCAGGAGCGCGAGGCGAUAGCCUGUGAGGUCCAGUCUUCUGCGGUAUGGGUGUCAAAUGCCAACGUCACAGCAAUGGACGAUGUUUGUGCCUGCAUCGGUCAUGGGAAGAGCACCGGAUCUUGCAGCGCACAGUAUGCAGUUGCGUUUCGUGGGUAUGCUAUGGUGGUUGUCGAUCCAUAUUUGCUUCCAGACCUUGUGGGAGUUCUGGUUUCGCAAGCUACCUAUUUGAUCUCAGCACAGAGCAGCAAUGGCCAUGUCAUGGCCCAUGGCUCCCUUGUGGUGCCAAGGAGCAAUGCUGGAAGCAUCCAGAACUCCGAGAUCGCGGCUGCACUACGUAACUACAGAUUGCUGCGGCAGUGGGCCUGCAGUCUGUUCUUACUGCAGCAGGAGCACGAGGUCCGCGUGGAGACGACGUCCCAUCUCGUCGGCCUGGCCAUUGCCUCGCUCAAAUCUGGUGGACACUGGCGAUGGUCCCAGCAGCUCUGCUGUGGAUUGCUUGCCCGUGAUGUUCCAGACCUCGGCAUCCAGCUCUUCAACCAGGUGGCCUCGUGUGAGGAAGGAAGCGGCGCCUGGCGAGCAGCUUUGGAUGCCCUGCAACAGGCACGUCUCGGAGGCCUUCGCUGGAGCGGCGUCUCCACCAACGUGGCCUUGGCCGCCUCGGCUUCCGCGGCGGAGCGCGGCUCGGCGGAGCGCUGGGGCGCGGCCGCACAGCUCUUGGAGGAGGCCCAGGAGGGGCGAAUGCAAACGGACAUCAUCUCGUGGAAUUCGGUUCUGGCCGCUUGCGGCCGUGGACAUGAGACCUCCGCGGUAUUGCGUUCUUUGCAGGAGCUAAUUCGCUUGAAACACGAGCCGGACUGCGUAACGUACAACACCGUCAUGAAAGCAUGCGCGGCGGCUAUGCUUUGGCAGAAAGCGCACGACGUGGCAGUUCGACUCCAGUGCUCCGACAUCGAGGCAGAUGCUUUCUCCUUGAACGAGCUGCUGACAUGCAGUCGCUGGAGGAUGGGAAUGCAGCUGCCUACAGCUCUGAAGGUUCAGUUGACGCCAGUGACUUGCGCCAGCCUCCUCUGCGCCUGUGAAUGGCGAGUUGCGGUCAACCUCCUCUUGUCCGUAAAGGAGGCUGCCCUGGAGACAAGAACAAUGAAUUUCAAUGCCGUGGCCAGUGCCUGCAGCAGGGCGAGUGCUUGGCGCAACACUUUGCUGCUUGCGUCGAUGCUCACGAGGAGCUUCUCGGCAGACUUGAAGAUGGCUAGCAGUACGUUGGCUGCUUGCGGUGCUUCUGACGAGUGGGAAAGGGCGCUGUCUUUGUUCUUCGAGCUGCAGACGGCGAAGCUGGCGAACGCUUUCACGUACGGAGCAGCCAUUUCUGCCUGUGGGCGAGGAGGUUGCUGGCUUCAGGCAUUGUGGCUGCUUGACCAGGCGGCAGCAUCCGGAAUUCAGCUGGACGACGUCAUGCUGAAUUCUGCAAUCUCCGCCUGUCGUUCCGAGUGGGCCGUGGCAAUUGCGCUUCUCCAGCGCUUCUUUUCGCAGAGCAUCCGUCCAGCAGUCACCACCUACUGUGCAGUCAUGACGGCAUGCGAUCGUUGCGAGCAGCCGAGGAAGGUCUUGUCCGUAUUUGGUGCCUGCGUGGCCGACGUGCAGCCCAAUGCAGUGGCAGUCAGCCUUGGUCUACGUGCUUGUGAUGCUGGGGGUUGGUGGCACGCUGCGAUGAGGCUACUGCAUGAAGCGGCGGAGGCAACGGUGGAGCUGGAUGGCCAGUCGUUCGACGCAGCUCUCGGUGCAUGCCGCGCCGGUCACUGGCGCACGGCCGGGCACCCAGGUGUGGUGUGUCAACCGGUGGUUAUGUUGGGGGCUGGGGCGUGCAGACGGGAAAGACUCGGGCGGCUCUUCGAUCGGAACACAACGCGCGCGCGGCAAAGGAUGUGCGUUGGGGCCUGUGUACCAUCUCCACCGUGGUCUUCACUGGAUUGGUUCGAUCUUCUGGUGAUCACAUUCCAAGGUCCAAGGUAG